GAGGGGCCAUGCCCUUGCUUCCGGUUCCGGUCUCUGGCUGGGCUCUGGGAGAGAGAGGGAGAUGCUUCGGGUUGCAGUGCUGCGUCAGAGUCACACAGGUGCUGCUGCUGGAACCAUGACUGGAGUGCCUACAGUCUCCUUCUCUGAACUCCGUCAACUCCUAGCCUCAGGCAGGGCCAGGCUCUUCGAUGUCCGCUCACGGGAGGAGGCAGCGGCUGGUACCAUUCCCGGGGCACUCAACAUCCCUGGUAUAGGAUUUCCCUUGUUGGCAGAGGAACUGUCCAUGAUGGUUUUAACUAAAGGAGCCUCAUUUAUGUCUGAGUUGGAAAUGGCCUUGAACAUGGACCCAGCUGCUUUUCAGACUUCAUACUGUGCUGAGAAGCCAAAGCUAGAAGACAAGAAUCUUAUUUUCUUCUGUCAGAUGGGCAGGCGGGGCCUCCAGGCCACACAGCUGGCACAAGGUCUUGGAUACACAGGGGCUCGAAACUAUGCCGGGGCCUAUAAGGAAUGGCUGGAGAAAGAGGGCUAAAUAGAAGGCUUACUGAUUUGUGAUUGCUCUCAUGGCCACCUUGAUGUGCUCGGCAAAUCCUUGUAGUGUUUUACACAUGACAAAUUUAAAUAAAAAGAGCAUUUAAUGAAG